GUUUGUAUUGCCGAAUUAUUAAAUACACAAAUUUCAAAUCAAAUCUGCAAAGCUUUGUAAAUAAUUUAAAGAAAUCACACAAAUACACUUGCCACUUAAAAACGCUGGCAGCUCUGUGGGUCACACUCAAUGCAACGCUGCGUGUUUUGUUUCAAUUCCGUCAAAACCGACUGUUCCUGAGCGCUGUUCACAUCUCUGUCUUCUGUCUUUAUCCAGCCCUCGUAAGGGAAACGUGCUCGUGGUUCGCUCUGACGAAAUUUUCGCCUUAAAGCGGUGCAGUUUGCAGCUGUUUUAUUUGAUAACUAGUAGCAGUGUGAAAUUAAGAAAGUAAUAUACCAAUAUGCUGCGCGUUCCCAAACUUUUGCCACGCCUUGCGCGCCAGGCCAGCCUUGCAGCAUCAUCGAAUAUGCCUGCAGGUUCUAGCAUAUUCCGCAAUCUGCCCGGUGCCUGCAAUGGAUUCUCUGGUCAAAUGCGUUACAAAUCUGGCGAAGUUAAGGGUGCUGUCAUCGGCAUUGAUUUGGGCACCACCAACUCCUGCUUGGCUGUGAUGGAGGGCAAACAAGCCAAGGUGAUUGAGAAUGCGGAGGGCGCGCGCACAACACCCUCACAUGUUGCUUUCACCAAGGAUGGCGAACGUUUGGUUGGCAUGCCGGCAAAGCGUCAGGCGGUCACCAACUCGGCAAACACUUUUUAUGCCACAAAGCGUCUGAUUGGCCGCCGCUUUGAUGAUCCUGAGGUGAAGAAGGAUAUCACUAAUCUGUCGUACAAAGUUGUGAAGGCUUCCAAUGGCGAUGCCUGGGUAUCCUCCACAGAUGGCAAAGUGUACUCGCCCUCACAAAUCGGUGCCUUCAUUCUCAUCAAGAUGAAGGAGACCGCUGAGGCGUACCUCAACACACCCGUCAAGAAUGCCGUGGUCACUGUGCCCGCCUACUUCAACGACUCGCAGCGUCAGGCUACCAAGGAUGCUGGUCAAAUCGCUGGCCUGAAUGUCUUGCGCGUUAUUAAUGAGCCAACAGCAGCAGCGCUGGCUUACGGUAUGGACAAGACCGAAGAUAAAAUUAUUGCUGUAUACGAUUUGGGCGGUGGUACUUUUGAUAUUUCCAUUUUGGAAAUCCAAAAGGGCGUCUUCGAGGUGAAGUCCACCAACGGCGACACUCUGCUGGGCGGAGAGGAUUUCGACAAUGCCAUCGUGAACUUUUUGGUGUCCGAGUUCAAAAAGGACAGCGGUAUUGAUAUACGCAAGGACAAUAUUGCCAUGCAGCGUCUUAAGGAGGCAGCGGAGAAGGCUAAGUGCGAGCUGUCGUCAUCACAACAAACAGACAUCAAUUUGCCCUAUCUGACCAUGGACUCCGCUGGACCCCAGCACAUGAAUCUGAAAAUGACUCGCUCCAAGCUGGAAAGCCUUGUCGGUGAUCUCAUCAAGCGCACCAUUCAGCCAUGCCAGAAGGCGUUGUCCGAUGCCGAGGUAUCUAAGUCUGAAAUCGGUGAAGUUCUGUUGGUCGGCGGCAUGACGCGUAUGCCCAAGGUGCAGUCCACAGUGCAGGAACUGUUCGGACGCCAGCCUUCGCGUUCGGUGAAUCCCGAUGAAGCUGUUGCCGUUGGUGCCGCCGUUCAGGGCGGUGUCUUGGCCGGCGAUGUCACUGAUGUGCUUCUGCUUGAUGUCACUCCCCUCUCGUUGGGUAUUGAGACGUUGGGCGGUGUUUUCACGCGCCUGAUUUCGCGCAAUACCACCAUUCCCACCAAAAAGUCGCAGGUGUUCUCAACGGCUAGCGAUGGCCAGACUCAGGUUGAGAUUAAGGUGCACCAGGGCGAGCGUGAAAUGGCUAACGACAACAAACUGCUGGGCUCCUUCACACUGGUCGGCAUUCCGCCAGCGCCCCGUGGUGUGCCUCAGAUUGAGGUUGUCUUCGAUAUUGAUGCCAACGGCAUAGUGCAUGUCUCUGCCAAGGACAAGGGUACCGGCAAGGAGCAACAGAUUGUGAUCCAGUCGAGCGGAGGCCUCAGCAAGGAUGAAAUCGAAAACAUGAUCAAGAAGGCCGAAGAAUACGCCAGUGCUGAUAAGAAGAAGCGCGAACUGAUCGAAAUUGUUAACCAGGGCGAGAGCAUUGUACACGACACAGAGACCAAAAUGGAAGAAUUUAAGAGCCAGUUGCCCGCUGAAGAGUGUGAGAAGCUGAAAAAAGAAAUUGCUGAUCUGCGCACCCUGCUGGCCAACAAGGAGACCGCCGAUCCAGAGGAGGUCAGGAAGGCUACCACUCAGCUGCAGCAGUCCUCACUGAAGCUCUUCGAGAUGGCAUACAAGAAGAUGUCCGCCGAACGCGAGAGCAGCUCCAGCGGUGGCAGCAGCAGCAGCAGUUCGGGCGAAACUUCUGGCGAGGCCAAGAAGGAGGAGAAGAACUAAAUUAGGCAAACAUAGUCGUAGUUGUUCCCAUAUUUCAUAAUAAUCACAUUUGGAUUUCGAUUAAGUUCUAUGUUAAAACAAAACAAAAGCACAUCAUAUUCCUGAUUCUUCAAAAUCAUAUAUAUAUAUUUAUGUAUAUAUAUAUAUAGUUCCCUGACCCCACUCAUAAGCAAAAAGGCAUUUACCCAAAUUAUAUUGUACCAUGCGAGGACCUACGACCCAAGAGAUGCUGACACCGACGAUCAACGAAACACAACUCGAAGUCACGACAGUUGCAUUAAGUUUUUUUUGUUUAUAAUGCACUCGAACGUCUGGAUCGGAAUCAAUUGUAAAUCUGUGGUGGAAGUUGUGUUGUGCUUACUGUAAGAUUUUCCUUAUUUUUACUUUACGUUUAUUUUAAACUAGUUUUAGUUGUACAAUAACGAGCACAGGCAGCACAAGCCAAAAUCUUACAAAAACCACAUGAGACAAUGGCACGUUGGCAGAUCGGAAGUCAUAAUUUAAGCAAAAUUUU